AUGACGAUGUUUGAUGCAGCAUCUACAGCUUGGUUGUUUUGGCUGUUGUCAGGGUGUGAGGCUAUGCGCAAUGUGUUGACGCCACCCAAAAAUGCACGACCGAGUCCCGUGGUUGGCGGCUGGCCGAAUCCGGCCUGUUGCCAUGCCCAUUCGGACGUACUCCAGACGAAAAGGAUGUAUGCCUCUUUUCACAUCCCCGCCUCUACACUCGAACUCCCCUCACCCACCGUGUCUACACGAUCCCGUGUCAAUGUCGCCAGAUCUGAUCCUGUCUGCCUGCUCGCGGUCGAAAAUAGAGAAAGAACAAAGGCAGAAAUACAGAAAUACAGAAAGAACGAAGAAAGGAAAGCAAGAAAGAUAGAUGUAUAA